UCCGAUGUGGUACUUGGAUUGUCCCAUAACAGUUUUAAUUUCAUAAUAGUAGUGGUAUUGAUUGAUUUUGGUAUUGGUUGACUCUUGUAAUGUUAUAGAUUGUUUGUAUUGGUAGUUUUAGUUUAAUGGUAUUGAUUUAUUUAUGCAAUGGUAUUGUUUUGAUUUCAUAGUAGUAGUGGUAUUGGUUGUUUUGGUAUUUGUUUGACUUUUGUAAUGAUAUAAAUUGUUUAUAUUGGUAGUUUUCAUGUAAUGGUAUAGAUUUAUUUAGCAUGAUAGCGUUGGCCUGUUGUGUUUGUUCGGUAUCGUGAAGGAGCGCCAUUUUUAUAUUCAUAAUCUCAAACAAGAGUACCAAAAGUUCUAAAAUCCAGUCUCACCAACUUCACAAUUGAAUCAAAGGCCUCUUGUUCAAUGUUAAAUUAAUAAUUUGAAUCAGUGGAAGCAGUCUCACCAACUUCACCAUUAGUCAAUUAAAUGUUUAAUUUACCUCGCGUCGGGUGGGAGAUGCUGCGGAGUACUGACGGAUUGGAAAAUGCUGGUAGGAGCUGUGGAGUAGAGACCGCCGAUGGCACAUGGUGCGGAGGUGAGACGGCCAGAGCAGGGAGAUGGGUUGGAGUAGGGGAGAUGCUCUGGGAUGGGCUGGAGCAGGGGAGAUGCUAUAGGGAUGGGGACGACGCCGACGGGAAGCUCUACUGGCGACGAAGCGGGACGAGAAGCGACGACGAAGCGAGAGGAGGGAGCUGCUACUGGCGACGGCGACGGGUAUGGCGAGCGGGGAGCUGGUUUGAUGCGCCUGGGGAUGCCGACGAUAUCGACGGCGGGAAGUCGAUGGCGGCAGGUUUGGCGCCGCUCUUCUCUCUCUGUUCGCGAAGAGACGAAGGACGGAAGGAGAUGAAGUGAAUUGUUGUUAGGGUUUUUUCCAUCCCCGAUGAUUUUGCCAUUCAUUUUCAGUUUUUUUUUAUAUUAAUCGUAACGGCCGGAAUGGGGGGAAACCGGGUGGUCGGCUCGUGCGAUUAACCGCAUCGGCCGCUGUAGAAAUCCGGAACGACUAAUUGAUUGGUCCGAGCCGGUUUUAUGGUCGGGUGGCGGCUUUAGCGGUCUGCCCGGCCGGCUCGGUCUUGAUAGCACUGAAAUACAACUGAUGUACAUCACACACUUACAGUAUCAUGACUAGGACUGUUAAUGAGCCGCGCUAUUCGUGAGCGGCUCGGUCUCGAACUCAAUAAAAGCUCGUUCGUUUGAUUGAAAAAAAGCUAGGCUCGUUAAUAAACGAGCCGAGUUUGAGCUCUACCUUGUUCGGCUCGUGAGUAAGGUAAAACUCGACUCGGUUCGACUCACUAACAGCCCUAAUCAUGACACACCAUAGCAUAGAACAAAAAUAAGACUAUCAUUAUUAUUUAGUCCGUACGAAAGAUGAACUUGACCGUGGAAGUCUUAUCUUCGAAAUACCCCACUUUAGAUCAUUUUCAUAACGUUUCCUCCAAUUUCCCUUUCCCCCCUAAUAAUCCCCAAAAUACAUGUUACUUGGAACACAACAACUAUUUAUUGAACGAUAUUUUCUAGACUACAUCUAGUCCAUUAAUUUAUACGUGAGGUUGAAUUUCGUUAUAUAACUGUAUUUGACCAUGCAUGCACAGUUUGACCAAAUGAAUAUAAACUUGGACAAAUCUUUAUACUCAAAUGAGAUGCAUGAAAUCACCAUCAUUACACGGACUCGAGCACAAAGUCUUUCAUAAACUAAGAACAGAGAAUUAACUAAUUACAAAAUUAGACAAAUACUCCAAUAAGAAGGAAGAAUCUCCGUCUUUAUAAUAAACUAAGUUAGAUUUAACUAGUUAAGUACCUUAAAGGAGCAUCCACUACAAGAAUGGUUAGCUACAAAAACAUCAAUCGAAACAUUCAUAAUUCUCUUUAACAACAUUUAAUCCUUCGGGUAUUCUAAUACGAGUAUUAUUAUUUUACUUAUAUGAUAAUAACCCGUUUGCGUCACGACUCAACCAUCAAACCUCAUUAUAUCACGAUUAAUAGUUCAAAUCCUUCAUGAAAGAAACAUCACAUUCUUCAUGAGAUCUCUUCUUUCGAUGUAGUCAUGACUCAUGACGAUUGCAUAUAUGAAACGAUUUACGAUCCUAAUGUGAACCCUAAAGAGUGUUUUUCUUUCAUUUCUCUUCCUCCAUUCCUGGAAAAGGGAGAACCAGGCCCCAUAUAGAAACAAAGAAAGGCAUAGCAAAAUUUCGCCGCGUGUCUUUACCAAAAGGCUUGAUGCAUCAUGUUUAGGAGUUCCCAAGAUAAAGAAGCAAGCAAUACAUAUCUACUAGUGUAAUUUAAUAAUAGUAUCUCUUAGUUACAUUCGCUAUAUACCGAUGAUUAAUCGUUCAUGUUUGCAAAACUGCAAUACUAUUCUUGUUUGAUCACAUCACAGGAACGCAUUGAAUGGACGUGGUGAUAAUUUUGUACAAUAUCAUCACGUAUCCGCAUCCAUCUAAUAGGCCACAUAACAUCUAACGCGCGAUACAACAACUGUAUGUCUUGUGAGCAUGUUCUUCUUCUGUAUGGAAUGUGACCACCAUAAUCGGAGAUUGCAUCAGAUUUAUGUAAAUUCCACAUAAUUGAGCAGAUCUCUCGAGGCUUCCAAGAAUCUUAUCGUCAGAUACAACAGUAUGCAGGUAUAACAUGAAUAAGAAACGUACACUUCUUAA